AAGCUACAAAUACGAGAGAAAAAGAAAGUAAAAAUUACAAAUUUAAUAAGACAAGGGUUAAAUAUAAGAAGUAAUUAUGAAUUAAUUAAUUAAUAAUACUAAAACAAAUAAUGCUACAAAAAACAGGGUUUGCUGUAUCAAAAGGGAUUCAGUAGAACAGAAGGAGUCUUCGUCUUCUCCGAUUUUGCAACUCAUAAUCACACAUAGUGGAAGUUAUGGCGGAGCGAAGUGAUUCAGGUUCAUCUGAGAAGAAAUCAAGUGAGGCCACAAAUGAUGUACCAACCUUUAGUUCAGAGAAUCUGCAAAGUAACAUGAAAAUUAUCUAUUACAGCCGAACAUUCAUGUCCAUCAUUGGUGAGGUUGUUGCUGGAAUUUUAGGGUUCACAGGCUUGACUGGGUUUAUCUUCUAUUCCUUGUCAUGGCAAUUACUUCAGUUGGACUCAUAGCCAAAGCAAAGUUUUCAGUUAAUUCAUACUUUGAUAGCUGGAAUAGGAUAUUACUCAAUGGGUUUAUGCGUGGUCUCAUGGUAAG